GGGCGGCGUCCCGCGCUCCCGGCUCCCAGCGGCCCGGCCCGGCAUUGCCCUGCCCGCGGCACUGAGCGGCUCCCCCGGCCCCCGCUGACUCUGGGCCUCGGGCCCCGCCGCCGAACGGGCUGGAGCCCCCGGGGGGAAGCGCCUCUUGUCGACCCCACACGGCGCCGCGGGGCGGGCAGCGGAGACCCGCCCUUCCCCCCAUCAGCGGGGCCGCGGCCGCCCCGGACCCCCGCGGCAGACCCCGGCCCGGCUCCCCGGCCCCGGCUCCGCCAGGCGACAAAACAAUGUGGGAUCCGUAUGAAACUACAAUGAAACAUGAGUACCCAUAUAGAGCACCAGUGGAGACUGAAGCAGUACGUCCCAGAACAGCAAAAGGACAUGUGAAUCCAUACCAACUUAGUGAUCCUAUUGGCUUUAAUACUUACAGAGAAGAGUUCUGUUGGAAACCAUAUUCCAAGGCAGAACCUAUAAUGACUGGCUCUUCAUCAGGAACAAGGAGAAACAAUCCUCAUCCCAGUCAAAGUUUCAUGAUUUGGAAGGUGCCUCGAGAAGAAAAACCGCAGCCCGUCAACAGCCUUUCACCCUGGACACAGCCUGUUUCUAAACAAGAGGUCGGGGAAGCAAUCAGAGCACAGUUCAACUCUACCUAUAAUGGAGAUUAUUUAGGAUUACCCCAGGGUUUACAAAUUAAAGAUACUAUUCCCGUGCCUCCUGACUGGAAAAAAAUAAUCCCACGUCCUCCAGCAACUGAGUUUAGGCAUCAUUACCAGGCCCCAGCCCGCAUCCAUGACUUCAUGGACUUUUCCUGGAAAUAUGGAUGUAAUGCAAACCGGCAUAUUCCAGCAAAAGGAGUUGUUCCUACUGUGACAUUUUCUCAUAUCCAGAACCAAGAAAACAUUAAACAGAUGACCACGUACCAAAGAGAUUUUGGGAAAGAAUAUUUCAAUAUCAUAUCAAUUUUAAAUUCUCUGGAUCCAGAACAAGUUAAUAAGUACAUUGAAAGAGCUCCAAAGCAAGAGAGAGAAAUUCUUCAGCACUUUCUUAACACAGUUUGUGGGAGCCAGAGUGAGAAAUUCAGAAGGACUUCACCCUCAAAGAAACCAGAAGACAAACUAUCUGAAUGCAAAUGAUACCCAACAAUCCAAAAGGAGAAAGGCCUCCAGAAUCCAGCUGGUGCUGAAUGAGUGGUGUAAUUGUAACCCAUAAUGUCUUUGCGUUCUGUAUGUGUGUGUGAUGAAUAAUUUGCAAAACCCUGUUUUAAAAUAAUAAAGGCUGUUGUGCUGCUACCUCAUCAAA